ACGUUUUUGGGCAAAAGAGGUAGGCAGGCACCUUAGAUACCUACCUACCUUACCUACCCCUACAUACCGACAUAGAUACGGUCAACAUCUCCAGACACAGUGCUUAUUUCACCUCCACCGCCACAAAUCACCCUCAAAAGAGUGUGCUGCAAUAAAACCACCAUGGCAUCCUUCAUGGCCCCCUUCCCGCGCAUUUAUUUUUGCUACGUGGAGCCAUUACUCCUUUGCUACGGUGGCCUUUCACACAUCAUCAACCCUGGGCACUACACGGCUGCACUAUUUGGAGACCUUGCGUCAUCCGAUGUAGAUUACCUACCUACAGAAAAGCUUGCCGGCAUGAAUCUUGGAUUCAUGAUGCUGCUCGUCGGUGCUCUGGUUGCCGUGGUCAUGUUCACCUGCGAGAACCGCCGUACCGCCUACCUUGUUGCACUAGCCCUGAUGCUCUCUGACAUUGCUCACUGGGGCGCCGUUGCUGCUGUCUUGGGUCCAGCUGGCCCUGCGGCAAUUGAGGUUGCCAACUGGACCACGGAAAUGAAAGGACACAUGUUUGGCCCCAUAGUGACUUUUUCUAUCAAGCUGGCGUAUCUCUUGGGCUGGCUUGGAGACGACCUGCCGACUGCCAAAGGCAAAACCCAAUGAGAUGAUCAGGGUAGCUCGCUACAGCGCACGCACUUAUGGACAUAUCGAGACGGCACUCUAAUAAUAAAUUCCACCGCAGACUUGGCAGAGAAUUAUCUGUGUUCACAACCGACCGGAAGCCGAAAUUUGCAUCAGCCUUGUGUGCCUGUCUGUUGGCCUCGUCAGAGAGCUGCCGGCAGUGAGGAGUCAUGCUAACACGUAGUCGACUUUGGGACUGGCAGAUCAGUCUUGGCCAUGUCUUGAGCCUUUUAGUGACUAUCGGUGCCAAAUGCUUGGCUAAUUAGUCCUUUCUUCUCAGAAGUAAGCGGCCUUGUUAUGCAGAGCUACACCGAAGAUAUCGAAUGCGUACCUAGUCCUGCAUAUGUUUUAUUCUCGUGAUUCCGGAUGAUCAUACGUGCAUCCUUCUAAUCACCCCUUGUAUGAUGGAGUUGAUAACCCCAAUCGAGGUUGGUCUUAAGACAGACUUAUCAGAGUUGUUACCGGCUAAAAGCUUAUAAGGCUAACUAACCUUUUCACAAUGCUUGUUGAGUCGAUUAUGUCACCCAAUUGCAAAGCCAUCAAUCAAGGUCUUAAAACAGUCACUAACUUGAAACAGAGCAGCGGCACCGGGUAAGAUCUACCAAACACCGCCGCAGAGACUGAUGUGUUUUUUUUGUUGGGCAUGUGCUGGCAUAUACCCUCAAAAAGCAUAGUCCUUUUCCCUUUUAGUCCUUGGCAAGCAUGGCAGCGCCCUCCCGGGACGAGCACUGCUGUAUGACAGGACAGGCUUCUGCCUUGUCAAAGAUAAUCUAGGAUCCACCGACUUACCUGGGCUUCAGAAGCUAAUAAAGUCUUCAUUUGCAAAAAAAAAAAAAAAAAAAAAAAAAAAAAAAAAAAAAAAAA